CGCUUAAUAUCACCAACGUUCGCCUUGCUGGCGGACCGAGUCCUAACAUCGGUCGCGUUGAAUUCGCCAUGAAUGGGAUUUACGGCUCUGUGUGCGAUAGUAAUUUUGACUAUGACUCUGCAGAAGUCGUAUGCAAAGCUCUUAAUUCAAGCUUACAUGCAGCCGUUUAUUUCACUGGAGCUAAAUUUGGUGAAGGGUCUGGUCCCAUCCACGUUGAUCAACUGCACUGCGAGGUCAAUGACACCACUCUAGACCAGUGCAAGUACGUCAAAAGGGAUCAAUGUAGUCACAGUAGAGACGUGUCGGUUCUUUGCAACGAAUGUGGUCUGCCCGAUAUAGCAUAUUGGGGAGUGGAUUAUUUCAAUUUUAAUGGUACAUCCCUGUAUGCCAACUGUGAGUACUACAAGUCUUACAUCGGAUAUCUGCAGAUGGUCUGCACCGGUAGUAGAUGGCAAACUAUCGGAGAGUGCCAAGAAUACACUAGACCACUUCACAUUCAAGACAUAAAACUUGUGGGUGGAAUGAACGCAUCGGACGGCAGAGUCGAGAUGAAAGUGUUUGAUACAUGGGGUACAAUUUGUAGUGACAGUUUCGGAUUCGAAGAGGCAAAUGUUAUAUGUAGCAUGAUUGGCUAUUACCCGGCCAUUACAUUCUAUACAACAUUAAGUGGAGGAUCCGGUCCGAUCUUUGUUGAUAAUAUGGUGUGUGCUCAUGACGCGUAUCACAUAAAUGAGUGCCAGUAUGAUACCUUUGACAACUGCGAUCACAACAGAGACGUGGGAGUUACAUGCACAGAUUGUGGUGAUCCAAAUCCAUUUCAUGGGCAUGCCAAUGACACGAAAUCGAACGUGGGAACGGUCGUAAGCGUAUCAUGUGACCUUGGCUAUCUUCUUAACGGUGACAGUGUGAUAACGUGUCUGCAAAAUGGCAAAUGGUCUGGUUCUCCAUCUUGCAUCUUUAUAGGUAAUGUUAUGAACUGA